AUAGUGAUAAUGAACCAAGAGGAAAUUGAAGUACUUGAAAGUAAGUUAUCAGAAGAAAAAGCAUGGAGAAAACAAUUGUCAUCUGACCUUAAAAAGGCACAGAAGGUUUUGCAGGCUGAAAGUCAGGAAUUAGAAAGAUCAAAGUCAGAGCUUUUGUAUCUUUUUAAUAAAAUUCAAAGUCUUCAAGGGGAAAGAGAAGACAAACAUUUUUUUUUCACAGCAUAUGAAGUACUACAAAGAGAGAAUGCUUUUUUAGAAACAAAGGUCUUGAAGCUUUCACGACAAUGUGAGCACUUAAAUCAGUUAGCCAUGGGGGUAAAAGCUGCAGAUCCUAAUGCAGUGAUAAAUCCAGGAAUGUCUAAAGAUCAUACACUUGAAGAACCAAGUCAGAGCCUGAGGGGGGAAAGACAGCAACCAUGUCCUGAAUUAGCAGAAGGUAGCAGACAGAUGGACAUGCUAAAGGAACCAUUGAAGGGGGGCUCUUAUCCAAAAGAGAUGGAAAGGGAAGAACAUCCUCAACAGGAACAAGAUGUAAAUGCUGAGCGGCAGCAAUUUAAUAGCAAGUCUGAGGAGACAAGGCUUAGAGAAGAGUUGAACCAACUGAGUAAACAAUUUCUCCAUUCUCCCAGUUCUGGAGAUAGUUCAGAUGACAGUAGCAAACAGAGUUCGCUAGAGAAAAGAGUGAGAUACCAGCAGCAAGAAGAAGAGCUGCAGAAGCUUCGAAAGAACUUGCAAAGAGUUCAGACUCUGUGCAGCUCAAUUGAAAGAGAGCUUCAGUUUGAACGGACAAAAAACUUUGAUUUAAAGCAGCAGAAUAACUCACUUCAGGAAGAGAACAUUAAGAUCAAAGCUGAAUUGAAGCAGGCCCAGAAGAAACUACUAGAUAGCACAAAUAUGUGUUCUUCCAUCACAGCAGACUGGGAAAGUAGUCAGCAGAAAGUAAGAGAGCUUGAACAAGAAAUGCUUAGACAAUCUGAGAAUAUUCAAUCACAAAACAAUUUAUAUGAAAAACUUGCUCAAGAGAAAACCAGAGUGGCUUAUACAGAGAAAAAGGUCUUGGAACUCCAGGAGAAAUUGGAAGCUGCAAAUGAGUCUUGUACAAAAACUUGCAUUUUAGAUAAAAAGCAGCUUGAAGAAGCGGUAAAAGAAGCGAGAAAAAAUGAGGCCAAACUAAAAAUGCAGUAUCAGGAAGAACAACAGAAGAGGAAACUACUAGAUCAAAAUGUAGAUGAACUACAGCAACACAUACAAUAUUUACAUGCUAAAGAGGCUCUUAUGGAACAGUCUAAUUGUAAGCAACAAUAUAAGAUUGAACAACAAGAAGUCCAACUUCAAACAUUAGAAGAUGAAAAGAAAAGAUAUGAUGAGCAAGUUAAGAACAAUCAGGAGCUAUUGGAGAAGCUGUCUGUGUUACAAAAAGAGAGGGAUUCUUUAAAAGAAGAAUAUAGACAAUUUUUGAAGCAGCUUGAUGUCCUUAUGAGAAAUUAUAAUGAGAAACACUAUCACCAUAAAAUUAAGCUUCGGAAAGCCAAGGAACGUUUAACAAAUGAAGUGGAACAACGAGAUGGAAGGAUUAAACAACUUGAAAAUGAAGUUGAGAAGAUGCAGAGUCUAAUGGAAAAGGAGAAGGCAUUCCAGGACCAAGUCACCACGCAGAAUGAGAAUCUGCUCCUUGAAAAGAAGCAACUUUUAGAGAAACUAACAGAACAAGAUGAAACUAUACAAGGCAACACAUAUACAAUCUCUUCAGUCCAGAAUAGGGUGCUUUUCCUCGGUGAAGAAAACAAGCUACUGCAAGAAAAUAGCCAUCGGCUUACCCAGCAAGUUGGCCAACUAGAGCGAAUCCUUAGGAGUAUCCAGGUUCUAAGAGGGGAGGAGAUGACAAUAAAUGAGCAGUCUGAGAAUGAGCUAUGGAAUAAGAAGCUGAUUUUUCCAAACUUAAGUUUUUCAAUAACAGGUUUGGCAAAGUCAAACGAAAAUCUUAAAGUGACUGAAGAACAGAAGUCUGAAGAACUAUUUGGAAGCCCCAAGUCUUCUCUGUCUUUCUCACAUUUUCAACUUCCUGAAGUGGGCAACUUAAAUAUGGCUUCUCUAGUAUGCCAACCUAGCAGCCAUAACCAAGACCAGAGUCAGGAUGGACCUAAUGACAUCAAACAAGGGCACCAAGAAAAACUCUAGGCAGAAACCUGGAUGAAGAAGAGAAGGAAGAGAAAAAUAGGCACCUCAAGACACCAACCAGAAUUUCUAGACA